AAUGUCCUCAUCCGCUUCCUCCAGUCCUCUACCGAAUUCGGUGAAACGGUCCACUUCUCCACCCCCCAUCUCGCAAAAGGUCAAUGCUCCGCCGUCCGGUGUACCGAUGCCAGCAACGCCCACUCGUUAUACGGCGCCUGUUCACAUCGACGUCGGAGGUGUGAUUUUUACUUCGACUCUCGAUACUUUGACAAGGUUUUCGAAUUCGCGAUUGGCGAAAAUGUUUACAGGCCACGUUCCCAUCAUUCUGGAUAGUCUUAAACAACAUUAUUUCAUCGAUCGGGAUGGCCAUCUCUUUCGGCACGUUCUUAACUUUCUGCGCACAUCCAAAGUUCACCUACCGGAUACCUUCGAGGAACUCGAUAUGUUAGCUGAAGAAGCUCGAUACUACGAUAUUGAACCGAUGAUCAAGGAAAUCGAACGUUUACAAAAGAUGAGGGAAAGGAAAAAGUUGGUUACUGACGGAACUGGCCGCUGGGAGUGUGUUUGUGUUCACAUAAACCCAGAUCUAGGAGAAAGAGUUUGUCUAACGGCUUCUCGUGCCUUGGUGGAGGAAGUUUUUCCCGAACUUGUUGCUCCUCUAACAGAUAGUCGAACCUCCGGCUGGAGUGAUUUCGACAGUAAUCACGUUAUACGUUUUCCCGUCAAUGGCUACUGUAGACUAACUUCAAUUCAGGUGUUAAAGAGACUCUUAAAUAAUGACUUUAAGAUCUUGGCGUCGACUGGAGGAGGAGUCGAAAGUCAACAAUUUAGCGAAUACUUAUUCGGUAAAAGAAUGCCAUCUAUCGCAUUAAAGCGCCACCACCCGAACGGAGAUUGA